UCUUUUUGUGAUUGUGAUUUUAAUAAUAUUAAUAAAAAAGAAUAAAAGUUACUAGAUGAUUGUCCUGUGUUUACAAUUUUACACGAUUCCAUAGCAUUGUAGGAGUUUGGAUCCUAACUUUUUCACUCCUUUGUUAUACUAAAUCAAAAAGGCUCUCAUCAUUUGAUUUUCCUUACACCUUCAAUACUGAAGUAGCAAUGAAUUCGUUUUCGUGAAGUGGUGUCUCACCUUAGUUAAAUUUGCAAAAUAAAUAUUUGAAGUCCUUACAACAUGGCUGAUGGGAAGGAUAUUCAAACAAUUGUUAUGGAUAUCGGAUCUCAAACGAGCAAGGCUGGAUUUUCUGGGGAUGAUUCUCCAAGGGCUGUUUUCCAAAGUAUAGUUGGUUGUCCUCGUCACACCGGCGUCAUGUUUGGACAAGGACAAAAACCUGUCUAUGUUGGUUAUGAAGCUCAGUCUAAAAGAGGUAUUUUGACUCUGAAAUAUCCUGUUGAACAAGGCAUAGUAAGGAACUGGGAUGAUGUCGAGAAAAUAUAUCAUCACACAUUUUAUAAUGAACUCCGUGUCGCUCCUGAGGAGCAUCCUGUUCUUCUGACUGAUGCACCAUUUAACCCCAAGGCAAACCGAGAGAAAAUGACUCAAAUCAUUUUUGACACAUUCAAUGUUCCAGCAGCAUAUGUUGCAAUCCAGGCCGUUCUUUCUCUGUUUGCUAAUGGUCGUACAACUGGUAUUGUGCUUGAUUCUGGUGAUACUGUGAGCCACGCUGUCCCCAUAUAUGAGGGACAUGCACUUCCCCAUGCUAUCUCACUGUUAAAUCUUGCUGGUCAUGAUCUUACAAAGUAUCUGAUGAAGAUUUUUUGCGAGAGUGGUUACAAUUGUAACUUUGACCUAAUUCGUACAGACACUGGUUAUCAUAUGAAGGAAAAACUUUCUUAUAUUGCACUGGAUUUUCAACAGGAGAUUGAGAAGGCAAAAAAUUGCUCAAAAUCAGUUGAGAAGUGCUAUGAGCUUCCUGAUGGACAAGUCAUUAAUAUUGGCGCUGACAGAUUCCGUUGCCCUGAGGUGCUCUUCCAGCCAUCAUUGGCUGGAAUGGAUGUGAAAGGAAUUCAUGAAAACGCCUACAACACAAUCAUGAGAUGCGAUAUUGAUAUUAGAAAAGAUUUAUUUGCAAACAUUGUGCUAAGUGGUGGCUCAACAAUGUUUCCUGGCAUAGCAGAACGUAUGAGCAAGGAAAUCACUGCUCUUGCUCCAAGCCGCACGAAGAUCAAGGUGAUUGCACCGCCUGAGAGGAAGUACAGCACCUGGAUAGGAGGAUCAGUUCUAGCCUCCCUCAGUACUUUCAGAAAAAUGUGGAUAGUGAAGGCCGAGUAUGAUGAAAUUGGUCCUUCAAUUGUCCACAGGAUGUGCUUCUAAGAGUGGUUUGAUAACUUAAAUCCUCUCCUUUCAAAUUCCAGCAAAUGAAUGCUAUUUCAGUCAGAGAUAUAUUUCGUUUUUUGAUGUGAUAUCUAAUCUUGUGAGCAAUAUGAUAUUUCAGUUUUUAGUUUCUCUGUAUGAACAUGCUGAUUUAACUUCACUCGCGUUUAAUCCUUUAUUUAGAGUAUUUUAGCUAGUAAGCCAUGAAAAUGGUAGAUACAGACUAAUGUCUGUUAUGUUUCA